AUCUCUCUCUCUCUCUCUCUCUCUCUCUCUCUCUCUCUCUCUCUCUCUCUCUCUCUCUCUCUCUCUCUCUUCUUUCUGGUUGUGUGUGUCCAUGAAAUAAUACAGAGAGCAAACUGUAAUGGAGGAAGUGGUGGCGAAGUGGACACACUGACACAUUGGUUUGAAUUUGAUGAUGGUGAACCACAACAAUGACGAUCGUACUACUGAUGUUGAUUCUCACCUCCGCCAAAAAGAACAAGACAAGCUCUUGUUCCAUGACUUCCUAGGAUCCAAGACCGAAACUUUAGCUUCCACUUCCAUGGCUGACCACAGUCUACCUCUGGAUAAGGCAGUUAAACUGGCCAUGACUUCAGCUUCCUCCGUCGGUGGACGCGGUGGUCUUUCCUCAACCUCCGAUCUUGUUGAAAGACAAGGCAGCGGUGGGGGGAAUCAUCUUGAUGGGAGACAACUGUUUGGACCUAGAAGUGAGGUUUCAGGCUCAAUCAUGAGCAAUCGAUUUUCAGGAACCAAGAGAAGUAACUCUGAUUCACAAUUCACCUCUCAAGAGCACCCAGAGACUCUGCACUGGUCCAAGAUGCUAAGAAACGGACCUGGAAGCCUCUCCAUGAAUAUGAACCAUAUGGCAAACCAGUCUCCACGCGGAGGAGGACAAAUCAGUCAUUUGCUUCAUCAGCUGUCUUCCAGCAGGUUCAAGGAUGAAAACGUGGGACCAUCAGUUAUCUCCCAGACAGCUGCAGAUGAAAGUUCACGGACAGGGAUGAAAGGUCCAGGUAUCAUGAGUCAUUUUACAAUGCCAAACCCGAGCAAAGUCGAAUGUUUUGCCCCUUCAAGUACUGGGAAUAGGAAAGAGUUGACAUCGAGUACUAAGCAAAUGACUAUCUUCUAUGGUGGUCAAGCUCAUGUCUUUGAUGAUGUCCACCCAAACAAGGCGGAUGUGAUAAUGACUUUGGCGGGAUCAAGCGGGGGCUCAUGGUCUACGGAUUUGUCUCAUAAACCGAAGACAAAGAACAACACAAGCGAUGGUCCAUACAAACUAAGCCAAAUGUAUGAAGGAGGCAGCUCUAGAGAAACACCGUUUUUGUCUUCAGAGUUUCGUGCAAGGCCGGGUCAUCAAGCAACCUCCAGUGCCUGUCAGAGGAUCUUUACACAACCAGGUAGAGAACAUCAAGGAAGUAUCAUCUCAAGGGGACGAGAAACCAGAGAUCUGGUUCACGUAUCAGAUCCUGAAAAGAAGCCACGUGAUUAAUCUCAAUAUGAGAGAUGCUUAGUGUGGCCUCUCUUCUAAGUUGUUUAUGUGUUCUACUUGAUAGCCAUUUGCGAAUUUUCUGUGCCUUGUAUUCAAACUUCUCUUCUUCAAAGAGUAGCGUAUAAUAGUUUCCUAUAGCGUAUAACAGGUCAACCACACCUGCUGUUUCUAUGCCUUUUCUCUGCAGCUGCAGCAGUAUACUUUUCAUUUGAACCAUCA